UAUAUUUUUAAGAGCUUUGUUUUUAUUUUUCAGAAAUAAUGUGAGUUAUGCAUCCACUUGCAAUUGUAUAGGUAUCGCCAUCGGAAUGUUUAUUGGUUCUGUUUGCCCGAUUCUUCUUUCAUCCGAGCAAUUCUGUAACAGAUAUUUACGACUCACACCCGGUCCAGGAGGAAUAAUCAGUAUCAAAAGUCUCAUCUUUCUUUGGGGCGUCGUGUUUUUAUUAAUCACAACUUUAGUUACUAUCUUUAAAAAAGAAAAGGAUACUGGGUUAGAAGAUGUAAAGAUCAAUAUUUUUCAGAAUUAUAAACUAAUAUGGAGUCUAUUAGAGCUUUCUAGUAUGAGAGUAUUUUUGAUAGCUGUUCUAACAUCGACAAUUGGGUAUUCUACAAUGGACACGGUGGCGAACUUGAAAUUAAUUGACGCUGGUGUUUCUAGAGAUGACAUUAUGUUAAUGACUACUGCCAUGUCUGUCUUAAGAAUAUUCUUACCUCUUCCACUAGCCAAGUAUACUGGGGGUCCGAAACCGCUCAGUUUGUAUAUGAAAUGUACGCCAAUAAGGUACGAAAAAUGUAUUUAUAUAUUAAUUUUUUGUAAAAGUAAAAAUGAAUACACGCUGUAUGAGGCCGACCGAAUUCAUUUUAGAUUCUGAACGAAGUGAUGAAUGUAUUGAUUUUACAAU